AUGGAAUUGAAAGGCCUUAUACGAGUUAUUGUAAUUUUAUGUGUUACUACUGACGCUAUUGAUCAUUAUACUGUUGUCAAUAUUCAUAACGGAUACAGCGAGAAGAAAGCGAAUAACACGGACCUAAUUACUACGAGAAUUCACGGAAACUAUCAUUCGGACUUAAUUGGUAACUUAACGUCAAAGUUGGAUACAUAUGAAACACGAUUUGAAAACUUGGUUGAAAAAAUAGAAAAUGUAACUGUAAAAUUGGACAUAUGUGAAGCUAAACUGGAUCAGAUCUUGAGGUCAAUAGACGGCAACGCGAGACCCAGGGACUGCAAUGAAGUCCUAGACCUCGGAUACACGAGAACUGGCGUUUAUACUAUUUACCCCAAACCUGGUGUUAAAGGCUUUCAAGUUAGAUGUGACAUGGAUACAACGACCGGUGGAUGGACCGUCAUACAACGCAGAGUGUCGGCGAGUAAUUUCUUCAGAACUUGGGAUGAAUAUAAAUCUGGCUUUGGGGAUUUAAACGAAAACUACUGGCUCGGAAACCAAGCAAUACACAUGAUUUCUUCUCAAGGCAAAUACAAGUUACGUGUGGACUUGACCAGUAACGAUAAUGAGAAGGCAUAUGCAGAAUAUGAGUCGUUUAUGCUCGGAGAUGCAAAGUCCAGUUAUAGGCUAUCAUUUGAUAGUUACACUGGGAAUGCUGGAGACAGUUUAAAAAGGCACAAUAACAAAAUGUUUUCAACAAAAGAUAUGGAUAAUGAUGAAGACAGAAGUAUAAACUGUGCUCAGAUCUACAUCGGCGCUUGGUGGUAUACAAAUUGUCAUGACGCUAAUCUGAAUGGGGAAUACGGCAAUACAGCAUACGGAAAAGGUCCUGUCUGGGAACAUUGGAAAGGACUCUAUGCUCCUCUUAAGGCAACAGAAAUGAAAAUAAGGCUGAUGUAA